AUGAAUCGUCGACGAAUUCAGUUUUUGAAUAUUGGAGGUAAUCAAAAUGAGAAUCUUUCUGCAUCUCCAUUUGAUUCGAACCAAGUAGAUACAUCAGAAACUGUUUAUAUUAGCUCUUUAGCAUUGCUUAAGAUGUUGAAACAUGGAAGGGCUGGAGUGCCGAUGGAGGUUAUGGGUUUGAUGCUUGGUGAAUUUGUUGAUGACUAUACUAUAGAUGUUAUUGAUGUUUUUGCUAUGCCACAAUCUGGAACUGGAGUUUCUGUCGAGUCUGUAGAUGAUGUCUUCCAAGCAAAAAUGAUUGAUUUGUUAAAACAAACUGGCCGUCCAGAAAUGGUUGUUGGUUGGUAUCAUUCUCACCCAGGUUUUGGUUGUUGGCUUUCUGGUGUUGAUUGCAAUACACAACAAAGUUUUGAAAUGUUAUCUGCUCGGGCAGUUGCUGUUGUUGUUGAUCCAAUACAGUCUGUGAAGGGAAAGGUAAUUAUUGAUGCUUUUCGAACAAUUCCGGAUCCAAUAAUUAUUUCAAAACUCGAACCAAGACAGACUACUUGUAAUAUUGGGCAUUUACAAAAACAUUCAAUUCGGGCACUCGUCCAUGGAUUAAAUCAAAAAUAUUAUUCAAUUCCAAUUUCUUUUAAAACAACAAAAAAUGAGCAACAAAUGUUAUUGAAUUUAAACAAACAAAAUUGGAAGGAUUCAAUGAUGUUAGAGAAAUAUACUAUUAAUUGCUCUACAACCCAAAAAUCUUCUGAACAAAUUUUAAAAUGGGCAAAACUAUACAAAAAAGAAAUUGAAGAGGAGGACACAAUGACUGAGAAACAAAUUGAAAUUAAAAAGGUUGGUAAACAAGACCCUAAACGACAUUUGGGUGAAGUGGUUGAUAAAAUGUUGGCUAAUAAUUUGGUUCAAGGCACAGCCGCGAUGUUAAAUAUUUCUUUAUUUAAAUAA